CACACACACACACACAGUUGUGCGCACACAAACGCCCCGUGAAAAAGGAGCAGGCCUCGCUUUCUUGAAUGAAAAUCGAAAUAUAAUCAACGUUUAUACUUAGAAAAUUUAUUGAUAUCAUUUUCUCUGGUAAUUUCCUUAUUUUAGACCUGGACACGUCAUAUAUCAUAAUACAGGCGCGUAAAAGGCUCUUUGUUUAAUAUUUAUCGAAGCUUGAUUCCCGGAUCAAAGAGCCUCAUAACUUCAUCUGUCUUCCUCAGAGUUUUUUUUUCUUUUUUCUUUUUCAUUUUAUUAUUAUUCUGCUGUUGCUAUAGAUCUUGUUCUGUUAUUGCGGUGGGGUGGCCUUAUACGUUCCCCACCUAUCACCGUGAUAGAGCACGAACUUACAGGCCGCUGCUCCACAGCCACUGCUGGAACAAGGCGCAGUCAGCAUUUCCAUAUGUUGGUGUAUGGAGAGGUGGUGGAACCCAGGACCCAGUCUGGUCUUUAUACUCUGAUGAUAAUAAUAAUGAUAAUGAUAAUAAUAACCCACUCCUAGCAAGAACAUUCUGGUUCCGACAUUGUGUCUGUGAUGAACCAAUCAUGUUGCAAAAGUCUCUGAAAGUCACAGAGGCUGCCGCGCCGACGACGAAAAGAGCGGCAUAUAAAAUAAACCCAUUUAACUGUCAUUGCAGAUUUCACGCCUUGUGUGUAACCACCAUAAAUCCAGCAUCCGCUCCACAUGCCCUCAUAUAUUUGCCCCCCUUUUUUGGAAAAAGCCUCCUGCGCGUACGCGUCGUGUUAAGAUCACUGAGCAGAUGCUUGGCCCCGCAGCGAGUGACGAAAUUUACGCGCGGGUCCAAACGCGACUGUGUGUGGUGGUGAUGAAGAGGAUGCUGAUGAUGAUGGUGAUGAUGAUGGUGACGACAGAAUCCAGUGUCAGCAUCCUCCUCCUCAUCAUCAGGGCUGUCUUCUUCUUCUCCCUCCAGCAGCCCGUCUCAACAGUGUGUGGCUACAGCGGAGAACAGACUGACACGAUGAUUAAAGCGGACCAUUUGUAACGUGUCUGUCUGGGGCUUCCUUACAAAGCACUAAAAGACGGAUAAUGUGGCCGAACCGCCAGCACACAAGCCCUACAGCUGUCGCGGGCGCGCGCGCGCGCCCCCACACGCACGUACACACACAAAUAUUUUACCAUUCAAGAACCAAGUCAGAACUUAACACCAACCAAAAAAACCCCAGUCUGUGAUAAAUGACUAAAUAAAUAAAUACCGGGUUAACCAAAAAAACAACAACUUUUUUUUUUGUACCUUAACCCUCACCAUGACUAGCUGUUACUUUGCCACAGCCUUCAUGUUUACAUGUUGAUCCUUUACUUUAAGCAGUGUUUCUGAUUCAACCUCUGCUCCAUAUAUUUAUCCAACAUAUAUUUAUAUCAAUUUAAUGUCAAUAUUGAUCCCAAACAGGAAUUGAUAAUAUAAAUAAACACACAAAAACACACCUACAAGUGUGUACAUCCAGCUCAGCUUUUCAAUCAUUAAUUAAGACGUAAUAAUAUUUUUUACAUAAUCUUUGAAGAAAAAAUAAAAUACUACAUUUAACAACAUAGUAUCCAUGAACAAAUACUGCAAAUAAAAGAGCAGCGAUCACAACACACACACACACACACUGCAACAUCCCCAAUCAAUUAGUCAAUCAAUUAGCCGGCCUCCACUCAUCACCAGGCAGAUUAGCAGAGUGAUGAUCAAAUUAAUCCCAAAUCGUAGAUAAUGGACAGAGAAAGAGAUUAUUUUCGGGUAAAACGAGAUUUUUUUCCCCCUCAGUUUGUAUUAGUUCUGCGUCAAUUUAGUGGAAAUUAUGGUUUUUGUUAACUGAGAAUUGACGGUAUAGUUUUACAGGUUUGAACGGCAAACAAACAGGAAACAAACAAACAAACGGGUUUUAGAUUAUUCUACGCUAAAGGCAGGGAUAUUAUUCGUUUAUUAUUUAUGAGGCAGAGGUGAAAUCACGUUUCCAAUCAAAUCAAACCCUAAACGUGUGAACCACACAACACUCCAGUCUUAUAUGGCAGCAGCAGCACAGAGCAGGGGUUCCUCUGCCUCCUCUCCCUCUCCUCUUUCCAUUUCGACCUUGACAGGAGUUUGAAAUUUCCGGGCUUGUGUUCCAGGCUGCCAUUGGUCCAGGAGGAGGUUACCUACAUGCAAAUGAAGCAACGCAGCGAUGCUGCCUGUGAUCCAGACGGUGAGGAGGAGGACCAGGAAUACACUCAUGAUCCCCGAGCUCCAGAAAAAACACCUCGAUGUUAAAACUCUUCAAUUAACCAGGCUACGAGGAGAGGGGGGGGAGAGAAAAGGGACAAAAGGCGCUUUCGUAAAUUUUUACGCACCAAUCCUGCAGAACGCAAUAACGGAAUAAGAGCGCGCAGAGAUAUUCAGUGAAUACUUCAAUACUGUUAUGAAUCGAGAAUGAGUAACGCAGAAGACAGCGGGAGCAGCAAGUGCUCGUCCGGCCCGAUUUCCAGCUUCACCAUCCAGUCCAUCUUGGGCACGCCGCCGUCCGACGCGCCGCGCUCUGCGUCCAAGGAGCUCUCCAAGGGGCCGCCGCUGCCGCUGCCGCUACCGCUGCCGCAGCCGCCGAGGAGGCGUUCACUGUCCGUGUCCUCCGAGGAGGAGUGCAGCGGCGGGGGGGUCUCAGCCGACUGUUUCUGCUCCGACACCGUUCACAUCGAGCCAUGCAACCAGCGGCCAACGCACAACUUUUCAUGUUUAGGUUCCUCCAAAGGACUCCUGUCCGGAAACGAGGCUCCGGCCCGGCGGCCGCCCCCGCCGCCGCCGCCGCCGCAGGAUUACAAGGAGGAGCAGGAGAGACCGUGCCACCAAAUGUCACCGCUGUCCGAGGACAGACAGGCGGACGGGGCGGACAAGCAGGGGAACUCGGCCAAGAAGAAGACGCGCACGGUGUUCUCCCGGAGUCAGGUGUACCAGCUGGAGUCCACCUUCGACAUGAAGCGCUACCUGAGCAGCUCGGAGCGGGCCUGCUUGGCCUCCAGCCUGCAGCUGACCGAGAAUCAGGUGAAGACGUGGUUUCAGAACAGGCGGAACAAAUGGAAACGGCAGCUGUCCGCCGAACUGGAGGCGGCCAACAUGGCCCACGCCUCCGCACAGACUCUGGUGGGGAUGCCGCUGGUUUUCAGAGAUAACUCCUUACUGCGUGUCCCUGUGCCGCGCUCUAUCGCUUUCCCGACGCCCCUCUACUACCCGGGGAGCAACCUGCCAGCGUUACCUUUAUACAACCUGUACAACAAGAUCGAGUACUGAGUGACUCUGAAUGCCGCGCGUCCGCCACUGCGGCCCACAUAGAGAUGGGACGCAGACCAGAAAUGCCACACUACACUACACAUACACUACAUAUAUGAUGUGUCUCUGCAUAACCCCCUGUAUAUUUACUGUAUCACUUUAUUUGUUGGAGAAAAACUAUUAUGCAGCAACUGUGCGUCACACGAGAAAGCAGCCAAGCUUCCCUAUAUGUAUAAAAUACACCAUGUGUAUAAUUAAUUAUGAUGAUUUUGUACUAUUUUAUUUUCUUUCCUCUACAAGCAUUUAUGUCACCAGACACACACACACACACACACACACACGCCGGAGUCAACUUAUUACCGCCCUGCCGGACAGAGAGUCACUUCACCACAGGCAGGAGAACAAGGCUCUUCCAUUCAACGGGGAAAAUACUAUUAUUUCUACUGUCAUUUAGAUCUUCAACAAUAAUCUUCUCAUCCAAUAAAUUUUUUCUAUUUCAGUGAAAUUUGACUUGUUUUUAUUUGCUUGGUUUUAUGUUUGCCCUGUUUUUUAUAUAUAUAUAUUUGACUUUAAAUCUUUGCCCAAAAGGCAGUGAAUAUUCAUCUUAAUAAAGGAUUUUUUUCCCCGAAACUUUUCAAAAUUUAAAUAUAAAUAAAUACAGUUAAAUCAAAUGAUGUAAAUACAUAUAUGUAAAAACAUAUUCGCCCCAUUGUGGUUCAUAUUAAAAAAUUGUCUUCAGGUCACAAAUCCACUCAUGACGGAGUCAAAUAUCACAGAGUGGCAUAUUACAUAUGCAUCUUUAAUGGCCCCUGUGGUGGAAGCCACAUUUAUGACAGAACGCAGUAUAAAAUGUAUGCAGGCUCAUAUACUGUGGCUUGUUUGACGAGCCUACAAGAAGAAUAAAAAACAUUAAACUGGGCCCAAAAUUGCAGAUUAUGCAAAUAGUCUUUAGAAACCAAAAACACUGCAGCCGUCAGCUCCACACAAAUCAGGAGGCGGGUGAAUCAGCCAAGCUGCCCUGAAAUGCAUACAUUUUAAAGUAAGUGAGGAGAUAAAGGGUGAAAAAACUCAGGCACGCACUAUUACGAGCCCCGCGGUGCCUCUGGGCGGGAGCUUCCCUCACAUGAAGUUAGCCUCACAUGUGGCUCCCGAGCAUCAGACCUCCUGAGAGGAAACCUAAUAAAAAGGCAUAUUGUCAAAGUUCAGGACUCAUGCUGCCAUCAAUCGAAAGCUGUUCUCGUUCACCCCCCCUCCUCCCUCCCUCUCUCCCUCCGCCUCCUCCCCAUCUGCGUAGUGAAUUACUGUAUCAGUUACACUUGUGAGCGUCCUCCUAAUUUAGAAGCCAGUUUAGAAUUCCAGGAGGCCCAACACACCCAAUCAAUUCACACUGUCAAAGUUCAACACUGCUAAUUCACAACAAUCCGAGCCAUGCAGAUGCAGCAGGCCGAGCUGUGCCGACGGCGGCGCUGCUCCACACACACAAAUGAACACAAAUGUCCCGUGGUUGAUGGGCAGCGAUAAAACUGUGUCAUGUGGCAGUUUUUCUUGGAUGUCACGUCGUCUGCAGGGGAUCCACCGUCACCAACAUCACCCAGCAACCCCGUCAAGCCACCGAUCGUUCACUGUGUGCUAAUGGCUACAUUACCUUGCCAAAUCAUGAUGAGCCAGGCUCUGCUGCCCUGCAGAUUAUGCCUGACCCAAUUUUUCUGCAACAGCCGCCCUGUGUUUCUGGGAAAAUGGAUAGCGUUAGAGAACGGCUGUGAUUUAUAGGUUACUCCAGCAGCAGCGACGGAGAGGUGAGGUGCAGGAGGAUGAAUUUGUGACAGAUAGGAGAGAUGGAGAGAGGAGACAG